GCCCUAGAGGUGCUUCUGGGAAGUAGUGCGGUGACCCACACAUCUUGCCAGCCUUCCGGGUACGGCCUCGUCUGCCCGGGCUUUCUAGGUCGAAGUGUUCGCGUCUGCAGCUGUUGCUGCCUUAAUCUCCGCAGCCUCCAAGGCCUCUAGUCGGGUGGGAGCCUUUGAGCACCGGGCCGCGCCGUCGGUGGUCACAGAGCCGGGAAGGAGGUGACGGGGGCGGCGCGGGGCGCAGACACUCCCCGCCGAGACCCGCCUGCCAUGGAUUCGGAAUAUUACAGCGGCGACCAGUCAGCAGAUGAUGGUGGCGCUACCCCAGUACAGGAUGAACGGGAUUCAGGGUCAGACGUUGAGGAUGAUGUAAAUGAGCAGCACUCUGGAUCAGACACUGGAAGUGUAGAACGUCAUUCAGAGAAUGAACCUAGUGAUCGAGAAGAUGGUCUCAACAAAAGACAUCAUGUGACAGACUCUGAGAACGAUGACCCCUCAAAUCUUAAUGCCAGUGACUCUGAAAGUGAGGAGCUUCAAAGGCAAAAGGACAGCGACUCUGAAUUUGAGGGGCAUGCAGAGCCUCCUGCGAGUGAUUCUGAAAACGAGGAUGCCAAUCACCAUGGGAGCGACUCUGAGAAUGAGGAGCCCAGGAAGUUACCUGUGAGCGACUCUGAAAACGAGGAGCUGCUUAAUGGGCACGCAAGCGACUCCGAAAAUGAGGAUGUUAGGAAGCCCCCUGCCAGCGAUUCAGAGGUCGAAGAGCUCCCCAAAAGUCCUGCCAGUUACUCGGAAACAGAGGAUGCUCUAAAACCCCAAGUCAGUGACUCUGAGAGCGAGGAGCCCCCAAGACACCCAGCCAGUGACUCGGAAAAUGAGGAGCUUCCCAAGCCUCGAGUUAGUGACUCUGAAAGCGAGGAGCUGCCCAAGCCUCGGAUCAGUGACUCAGAAAGCGAGGACCCGCCAAGGCAGCAAGCCAGCGACUCGGAAAAUGAAGAGCUUCCCAAACCCCGUAUCAGUGAUUCGGAAAGCGAGGACCCCCCAAGGCACCAAGCCAGUGACUCGGAAAACGAGGAGCUUCCCAAACCCCGAAUUAGCGAUUCGGAAAGCGAGGACCCGCCAAGGCACCAAGCCAGUGAUUCUGAAAAUGAGGAGCUUCCCAAGCCCCAAGCCAGUGACUCUGAGAGCGAGGAGCCUCAGAAGGGGCCUGCCAGCGAUUCAGAAGCUGAGGCUGCCCCCAGACACAGACAGAAGCCGGAGUCUGAUGAGGACAGUGACGGGGAGAAUAAGAGAGAGGACACAGAAAUGCAGGCUGACCCCUUUCAUUCAGAUGCCCAUGUAGACAGGAAGCGGUUCAACAGUUCUGACAGCGAGGAGGAAGAACCAAAAAGGCCCAAAAUUGACAGCGAUGAGGAUGAAGAAAAAGAGGGGGUGGAGGAGAAAGUAGCAAAGCGGAAAGCUGCUGUGCUUUCUGAUAGUGACGAUGAAGAGAAAGCAUCAGCAAAGAAGAGUCGUGUUGUCUCUGAUGCAGAUGACUCUGACAGUGAUGUUAUGUCAGACAAAUCAGGCAAAAGAGAGAAGACGAUAGCAUCUGACAGUGAAGAAGAAGCAGGGAGAGAAUUGUCUGAUAAGAAAAAUGAAGAGAAGGACCUGUUUGGGAGUGAUAGUGAGUCAGGGAAUGAAGAAGAAAAUCUUAUUGCAGACAUAUUUGGAGAAUCUGGUGAUGAGGAGGAGGAAGAAUUUACAGGUUUUAACCAAGAAGAUUUGGAAGAAGAAAAAAGUGAAACGCAGGUAAAAGAAGCAGAAGAUUCAGAUUCUGAUGAUAACAUAAAGAGAGGAAAACAGUUACUGCUUAGCAUGGACUUUCUGUCGGACUUUGAGAUGAUGUUGCAGCGGAAAAAGAGCAUGAGUGGCAAGCGCAGGCGUAACCGUGAUGGUGGUACUUUUAUUAGUGAUGCCGACGACGUUGUGAGCGCCAUGAUUGUCAAGAUGAAUGAAGCUGCUGAGGAAGACAGACAGUUGAAUAAUCAAAAAAAGCCAGCACUGAAAAAAUUAACAUUAUUACCUACUGUGGUCAUGCACCUUAAGAAGCAGGACCUUAAAGAAACAUUUAUUGACAGUGGUGUGAUGUCUGCCAUCAAAGAAUGGCUCUCCCCUCUACCAGAUAGGAGUUUGCCGGCACUAAAGAUUCGAGAAGAGCUGUUGAAGAUUCUGCAAGAGCUACCUAGUGUGAGCCAGGAGACCCUGAAGCAUAGUGGGAUUGGACGAGCAGUGAUGUAUCUGUAUAAACACCCCAAGGAAUCAAGGUCCAACAAGGACAUGGCAGGGAAAUUAAUCAAUGAAUGGUCUCGGCCUAUAUUUGGUCUUACCUCAAACUACAAAGGAAUGACAAGAGAAGAAAGGGAGCAGAGAGACCUAGAACAGAUGCCUCAACGGCGAAGAAUGAACAGCACUGGUGGUCAGACACCCCGAAGAGAUUUGGAAAAGGUGCUGACAGGGGAGGAAAAGGCUCUUAGACCUGGAGAUCCUGGAUUCUGUGCCCGGGCAAGGGUCCCCAUGCCCUCGAACAAGGACUAUGUUGUCAGGCCCAAGUGGAAUGUGGAAAUGGAGUCGUCCAGGGUCUUGCUGUUUUUGCUCAGUGCAAUCACACCUUGAAUAACAAAUGGAGACCUCAGGACACUGACAAAGCUAAAUCCUAAUGAAGAGCCUCAGUGGGUCACAGCCACGUAGGAGCUGAGAUUCAGCCAAACUGGUAAAUGGUUUGAUGACAACCUCCUUCAGACAUCAUAUUCAUUGAUUUUCGUUAGAGCUGAGGACCUGGGGGGGAGGUUUUGAACUUUGUCCACUACUGGGUUUGAUUAUUGAUUGGAUUAAUGGGCUGGAGUGGCCCAGACAGAGGCCCACUUGCAGGGAUUAUGGGAGCCCUGAGAGAAAAGGAUUCACCAUAAGAGAAGGAUCAGGUGACGGAGCAAGCCCGUCUUCCCGAGAAGAUGGAAUGUUGGAGGGAAUGUGUAGUUCCAGGUAUGUAUGUCCUGACCCAGUCAAUCUGGAGAUACACCACCCUGAGAAGCCGUAUACUUAUUCCAAAACUGAGCACUUGCCAUUGCUCAAAAUAUUUAACAAACCGCGACAUCAUCUUCAGAGUCCCCUGAGUGUCCAUAAUGGUAAGAAACCGUUCUUUCAAGAAGAGCAGGCUUGGAACAAGAAUGAUAAGUUAUUCAGAGCCGUAUCUAAUUGAGGCAGCUGAAUCAAGACAAUUAUCUUUUGGGUCAAAAACCAUGUGUUCUUGUACCCAUGAGGGUGCACCUGGAGGAGGCCUUCCCGCCAUGCUGCAGGAGUCAUCGCAGCCUCCGGUGGCAGAGCUUCAUUCUCUGCCCACUCACCCCUGCAUGUUUUUUACAUUAUUAUUUGUUUAAUUGGAAAGUAAAAGCUGCCCCUGGUUGAAAAAGAAAACAGUUAACAGUGCAAAGGAUGCAAGUGAAAAUCUCCCUACCACACACAGACGAUCACGUUUCCACUCUCUUACGUGAGAUAAUGUGGUUCUAAAUGGUCCCUUCUAAGAAAGGAAGUGAGGGCCUGGCACCCACACUGCUGUCACCUUUCUCUCCCACUCGCCACGCUCCUAAUGGAGCACUCCCGCGGGUAAGACUUUUAGCACUUCGCUCCACAGAGAGGCACAGAUAAUCAAGAAAUGCCCAAGGCAGGCCUUUGGGACUCCCCAGAUUCUUAAACACCACCAUAGCAGGGAACUGCCACUGCUCUGUACCCUGAAAUUUUUCUUCUCCAGCUCUCUCACAUCAGAUCAUUUUCUGUUCACGUCUACAGCCGGCACUAAUGGUUGGACUUCUUUUGGAAGAAGGGAGAGACAGAGGGAGGAAGGGAGGGGGAGAGAGAUGAGAGAGAAGAAAAAUGGGGGGGUGGCAGAAAGAGGAGAGGGGAAGUGGGGGACAGGACUUUUCACUCAUGGCUAUCGGGUUGUUAUGAGUUGAACUGUGCUCCCUUCAAAUUCAUAUGUUGAAGGUCUAACCCCCAGUACCUCAGAAUGUGACCUUCUUCGGAAAUAGGGUCAUUGUAGAUGACCAGUAAUUAGUUAAGUUAGGAUGAGGCCCUACAGAAGUAGGUGGGUCCCUAAUCCAGUCUGACUGGUAUCCUUAUAAAAAGGGAAAUUUGGAAACAGACACACGGGGAGAACACCAUGUCAAGAGGAAGACGGAAAUCAGGGCGAUGCUUCUACAAGCCAAGGAGUGCCAGAGAUUGCCAGCAAAGCAUCACAAACCAGGUGAGAGGCGUGAAUAGAACCAGCCCUGCUGACACCUUUUUUUUGGACUUCUGGCCUCCAGGACUGUGAGAGAAUAAAUAUCUGUUGUUUAAGUCA